AUGAUCCCACCACGAAGCUAUACUCGACACCAAAAGGGCUUUUAAAAACAUCAAAAUAUCACAAAACCAACAAAAUGGAUACUACUUCAAAGGAAGAAAGUGAGCCAAUGGAACCAGAAAUACAAGCGUUACCGGACGAGGCGUCAGGGACUGUUGACGUCGACGAUGAGGACGAGAUUGAAGAGCUACACAACAGUUUGAAGGAAGUAGUCAAAGACCCAGCUGUCAAGCCCAAGCUUCAGUGUCUAAUGGUAGAUCCAUCCUUCUCCAUGGUGACUGUGCAGAGUGAGGACAGUGGGAUCGUCUGGGAGACCGCCUCGAGCAGGUGUUCCACUCCCUGGGCGUCUGAGGGAAGCUCACCAUCGGAUUCGCACAGUCUAGAAAGCUCGGGAGCACAGGGCAAGAUCACCGUUAUCAUGGAUGACACCAAGAUCGUGAGGAAGCGCAAGAAAAGCGGCAGGAGCAAGCUGGGUGACAGGUUCAAGAGGCCCAGCUCAAGAAUGGCUGCAUACGGAACUGAGAGACCAGCGAUGGCUGAGGUGUCUGUGCCCAAUGUCAAGCCUGAAAAUGACGAGCCAGCUGAAUUAAAAGUGGACAAAGAUCAGGAGCUGUUCAGCCUCAUCUCCGAGGGUUACGAGAUCCUAAACAUCGUGGUUCCCUCAAAACUUCCCACGGUGGACGAGGAAGAGGCAGGUGAUUUGGUGGAUAAUUUGUCCUAUUUACAGCAUACACCAAAGAUUAAAUCUAAAACUAGAAUAGCUCCAGCACCUGAUGGGGAUGAGUACCAGGGGAUUAUAGUCCAGGAAAUAAUUGAUGGAGAAAAGGAGGAAGCAGACACAAUUCUGGAAACUGGCAUGAAAGAUGCAAAGAAAGAGGGGUCCGAUGAAGAUUACCUAGAUAAAUUCAGACUGGUCGAUAAACAUGCACUUAGUGAACAGUCUGGUUCCCCAGGGGUCCCCAUUGAAGAAAACAUCAUACAAGUACCUGAACAGACGAAACCUCAAGAGGAAUCAAAGUCCAGUCCAUCCAACAUAGAAGACAGCUUUGUCAUCAUCACGGAUAAUGAGAUUGCAUGCGAGCAUAUGGAUGAGGUGUUCUAUGCCAAUACUGGAACCAUGGCAGACGAAAAACACAAAGGGGGUGACGAAGUGAAAGAUGAGCCGAGAUCGUUGAAAGAUAGUGGCUCUGCCCUGUUUGGCAGCCAGGAGACAAUUCUCAUACCUGUUUUUCUGCCCGAAGGUCCUCCAAAAAUUAUAGACCCUGUUCUUCUGGAGGAGCCAAGGGCCAUGUCGUUUCUUUACACUGACCUCUAUGAUGAGGCCAUGGGAAGUAGGAAGAGGGAUGAUGACCGCUCAGACGUCGAAAGCACUGUGUCAGACAAAUCUUACAAGAAAAUAUUUUCUGAUGAUGACGAGGAGGACGAAGGCUACCUGGAAAAGUUCAUCCUGAAGGACGAGACACCAGUCGUCCAGGAGCUCCCUGAAGUUGCUGAUGACGUAGAGGAGGGUGAGAGAAUCAUCUGGCCACAGAAUAAAUUUGAACUUACUGGAUGUCUGAAACGGGCUGAGGAAGAUUCAGGAGGGGAGAAGACAGGAAUGGCAGCAACAGAGCAAAUGAAAGACAGUGAAACAGAACAACCAGUGGAUACAGGAAAGCAAGAGGAAAUCAGUCAAGGGCCCAUAACUAAGGCUCCUGAUGAAAGUGAAAUUGAACAGGAAAAAGAAGAUGUCAUAGAGGCCUGUGUUGGAAACCACUGUGAACUAUAUGAUGCAGGAAAGAUAAUCCCUGAGUCACCAGAGAGUGACAUUCAGAAUGAUGUCAGCGACCUGUUAUUGGAGGAGAGGGCUGAGACAGUGGAGGACAUCAAGAAGCAUGAUGGCAUGUCAGAAAUGGCAAAAGAUUUGAAGGAGACAGAGAGUGAAAUGAUGGAAAUGUCUGGAACAGUUAUGGAAAAAUCUACAGAUUUGCUAAAUGAAGGAGAACAGCCUGUAUCAGAGAAGGUGAUACAAGAUACAAUCCAGGAGCCAGUGACACCCCAGGACUUGAAAAAAUCAAAUGCACAGGAGGUUUCAGAAAAAUUAACAGAAACUCCCACCAUAAUUGAGGAGCCUUCAUUAAAACAAUUGGAAGGAGUAACUGAAAUACAGUCAGAUGUUAAGAUAUCUGAAGAACCUGUUAAUGAAGCCACUGAGGUGGAAAAGUCAGAUGAGAUUGUGGCUGAUCAAGCAACAGCAGACACAACAAGUCAAGUAAAAGCCGAAGAAGCCAUUUCUAUAGAAAAAGCUGCAGUUCCCCUUGAUACGUCAGCUGUCAUUGCUACAGCACCUGAAACCAUGAAAGACAGUGAGGUCAGUGUGGUGUCAGAAGAACAUCUUACAGACAGUGUAAGUCAAAUACCAGAUGAGGUCGCAGGAGGCAUCAAAGAUCAAAGCACAGACACAAUUCCUGAAGGACAAACAGAGAUUGCCACUGUGCCUGCUGACGUUUUAAACCUAGAGGACGUGAGUAAGAGUCUACCUGAGGUCCUCAAACAAGAUGCAACAGAGCAGGAGGUGGUCACAGACACAUUACCAGAUGAGAAAAUUGUAGCCAUGACAGAGACAGAAAUGCCAUCAACCGAGACCCCUGGUGUUGAGGUUUUAACUGUGGAGGAUACAGCAGCAAGGACACCAUCACCUUCAGCAGCUCCAGCUGCAAUAGAAGCCCAGGAGAUGACACCCGAGGAUCAGAAAGAAGGAGAGCCAGUGGAGGAGCAAGCAGAGAAGCCAGAGGAAAUGCCAUCAACCGAGACCCCUGGUGUUGACGUUUUAACUGUGGAGGAUACAGCAGCAAGGACACCAUCACCUUCAGCAGCUCCCGCUCCAAUAGAAGUCCAGGAGAUGACACCCGAGGAUCAGAAAGAAGGAGAGCCAGUGGAGGAGCAAGCAGAGAAGCCAGAGGAAAUGCCAUCAACCGAGACCCCUGGUGUUGACGUUUUAACUGUGGAGGAUACAGUAGCAAGGACACCAUCACCUUCAGCAGCUCCCGCUCCAAUAGAAGUCCAGGAGAUGACACCCGAGGAUCAGAAAGAAGGAGAGCCAGUGGAGGAGCAAGUAGAGAAGCCAGAGGAAAUGCCAUCAACCGAGACCCCUGGUGUUGAGGUUUUAACUGUGGAGGAUACAGCAGCAAGGACACCAUCACCUUCAGCAGCUCCCGCUCCAAUAGAAGUCCAGGAGAUGACACCCGAGGAUCAGAAAGAAGGAGAGCCAGUGGAGGAGCAAGCAGAGGAGCCAGAGGAUGAGAAAAGUGUAGCCAUUGAGCUACAGACCGUAGAAGAUGAUCUUGUAAUAAGUGCUGUCAAAGACAUCAUUGACACCACAGAGCAGUUACCUGUGGAGUGUCCUCACAGCGAAGUCCAGGAACAAAAAGGUGCAAUUCAGGAGCAAGCUGUUGAUUCAGCAUCACAAACUGAAUUAAAGGUGUCAGAGCAUGUAGUGGAGCCUGAUAGAACUGUGGAAAAGAGUGAAGCAACUGAACAGCAUCAAGAAAUGAGCCCUGCAUUGCAAGCUAAUGUAGAGGUAACAAGCACAGGUCCUGAACCUGACAAAGUGGAAGAAAGUCAACAAUCCACUGAUACACCAGUGGGAAAAGUUCAAGAUCUGACUGAGGAACUAGUUGUGGUUGAUAAACCCAAGGAGAAAAUUAACAAAUCUGGAACCUCUAAUGAAAUAUCCAGUGUGUUGGAGAUAAACCCGGACAUCGUUUGUGAUGUUCAUGAACCUAAGAAAGUAGAAAAUAAGAAAUUUUCAAUAGAGUUUUCUGUGUCUAACACAGAAAACAUUGCUGAAGCCACAGUAGAAAAAAACAAGCAUAGAGUAGAGCAGACACAGAAGAAAACAACAAGAAGGAGAGCUAAUGUACCAAUAAUAGAGGUGGUUCUAAGUAAGGUACCCUAUACUCCAGGGGAAACAACUGAAAGACAGUUAUUUACAAGUAAAUCGGAGACUUCACCUGUAGCCUCAGAACCUAAAGACAGUGAAGAGCCUGUGACCAGAACUGCAGAAGGGGUUACCAGUGUUCCGAAGGAUGUGAAACAAGAUGUCUCACUAGAGAGUGUUCUACCUCAGACAGAAGUUGAGAGUAAUAAACAAACUGUGCAAGAGCCAUUAGAGGCUGAAGAGGCCACAAGGGUAGCUGAGCUGGAAAGGCUUGAACCCGAGGUCAGGGAGACACAAGCCUUAGCCGAACCCAAAGUAGAGGUAGAUUUAGUGCCAGAGACAGUAAAUGAGGAAAGCAAAGUACAUGCAGAAGUAGAUGGUGUCGGUCAAGUUACACAGGAUGACACCCAAGCCAUUGGGGCUGUGGAACCUGACGCAACAACAGAUGUUCCAGUCUUAGAUAAGAUAGUGAAUGAUGCUGUGGCAGAACAUCCUUCAGAUGAGACUCAAGGUCCUGAGGCUGUGAUAGUAGAAAAGAAUGUUUUAGAUGAAACUGUUAAUGAUUUAGUUGCAGAAAUUCCUGUAGCUGAAACUCAAGGUCCUGAGGUUUUUAAUGUGGAAGAAAUCUCAGUUAAAAUUGUUGAAGAUGUAGUAGCUGAAAUUCCUCCGGUCGAGGUAUCGGGGGAGGUUUUGAUUGUGGAAAGCAAAGUGUCAGAUGAAACUGUUACAAGUGUUGUGGCAGAGAUUCCUUCAGUUGAGACUCCAGGUCCUGAGUUUGUGAGUGUAGAGACCAAAGAGUCAGAUGAAACUGUGGGUGAUGUAGUAGCAAAAAUACCCUCUGUUGAGCCCUCGGGUCCAGAGGUCAUUACUGUGGAAAAUAAAGCUCCAGAUCAACCUGUGAAUGAUGUAGUAGCAGAAAUUCCCUCUGUCCAGACACUAGAUGAGAUGUUGACUGUUAAGAACAUAGUUUCAGAUAAAACUGUAUGUGAUGUAGAAGAAAUUCCCUCAGUUGAAACAGUAGAUGAUGUUUUGACCACAGAAAACAAAGUUACGGAUCAAAUUAUUGCCAGUGUGGCAGAGAUUCCUUCAGUUGAGCCCCCAGGUCCUGAGGGUGUGAGUGUAGAGAUCAAAGUGUCACAUGAAACUGUGGGUGAUGUAGCAGCAGAAAUACCUUCUGUUGAGCCCCCAGGUCCUGAUGUUGUUACUGUGGAGGUAGACAAAACUUUGAAUGAUGUAGUAGCAGAAAUUCAUUCAGUGGAGACACCGAAGGAGGUUGCGAUUGUUGAAAACAAAAUUUCAGAUCAAAUUGAUGUAGUAGAAGAUAUUCCAUUAGUUGAGGCCACAAGUCCUGAGAUUGUAGUUGAGGAAAUCAAAGUUUCAGAUAAAAAUGUAAGCGAUAUACUAACAGAAAUUCCCAUGGUUGAAACACCAGAUGAGGUAUCAGUUGUUGAAAGUAAAGUUUCAGAUCAAAUUGAUGUAGUUGCAGAUAUUUCCUUAGUUGAGUCCAUAAGUCCUGAGGUUGUAGUCGAGGAAGCCAAAGUUUCAGAUGAAGCUGAAACUGUAAAUGAUAUAGUUACAGAAAUUACCUCGGUUGAAAUGUCAGAUGAGGUAUCAGUUGUUGAAAGUAAAGUUUCAGAUCAAAUUGAUGUAGCAGAUAUUCCCUUAGUUGAGCCCAUAAGUCCUGAGGUUGUAGUCGAGGAAGCCAAAGUUUCAGAUGAAACUGAAACUGUAAAUUAUAUAGUUACAGAAAUUCCCUCAGUUGAAACGUCUGAUGAGGUAUUGAUUGUUGAAAGUAAAGUUUUAGAUCAAAUUGAUGUAGUAGCAGAUAUUUCCUUAGUUGAGCCCAGAAGUCCUGAGGUUGUAGUGGAGGAAGCCAAAGUUUCAGAUAAAACUGUAAGCGAUAAAGUUGCAGAAAUUCCCUCGGCUGAAACACCAGAUGAGGUAUCGAUUGUUGAAAGUAAAGUUUUAGAUCAAAUAGAUGUAGCAGAUAUUCCCUUAGUUGAGCCCAUAAGUCCUGCGGUAGUCAUUGAGGAAGCCAAAGUGUCAGUUAAAGCUGACGUUGUGGCUGAAAUGCCCUCAGUCGAGUCCACUGAUGCUGAGGUUUUACCUUUGGAGGACACAGCUGUAAGGACACCAUCACCUUCAGCAGCCCCAGCUCCAAUAGAAGUCCAGGAGGCGACAGCCGCGGAUCGGAAAGAAGGAGAGGAGCCAGCAGAGGAGCCAGAGGGCCUGCUGUUCUCUCCCCUCCGAAGCUUCUCCCCAAAGGAAGACCUGUCAGUCCUGCCUGAGCCUGAACCCCUCAAAGAGUACCAUGACGAAAUGGCAGAGGAGCUCGGUUAUGAGGUGGUCCCCCGGCCAGAGUCCAGGGAGUAUCCAGGUGUGGAGGCAGAGGUGAUUCCCGAGAGAGAAGAAGAUGAACGCUUCUUAGGGGUGGACGCGAGCAAAGCAUUAGAGGAAGAGGCUGCCGAAGAUGUGCUGGAGGCAGACUAUGAAUUUAUUGAGGAGUCAGAAAGUGUUGAGCUGUCGGAGGAAGAUCAAGCUAAAAUGCAAGCAUUGGACGCCUUUUGCCUUGUCUGCCAGUGCCCAGUUUUAAUGAUGCAGGAGCAUCAAAACCAUGAAGUGUGCAGUUUGGAUAGAGCAUAUGAACUCCUGAAGGACCGGCUUAGCAACUGGAUAUCCACAUUGCAAGAAAGAUCAGAAAAUAUUGAGGACAUGGUGUCAGAGAUUGAGCUGGCUUACAAUUCAGUGGAGGAACAAUGCAAGAUGAAUGAAGAAGCUAUGGACGAUCAGAAUGAGGAAAUGCUGAGGCUGGUGAUGGAUCAGUACAAUGAGAUGUCUCACACCAUGGAAGAGGAGAAGAAGGCAAAGUUAGAGAAGCUCUAUGACCAGAUUGUGUCCUUCCAAGAGAGCAUUGACGUCGCCAAAGAGACUCUGGAGAAAAACUCAAAGGAGGAAGAGGAGGAGGAUCCUGUCACGUUUGUGUCUUCAUCCAAAGACAUAAACAUGAGUCUUACCACAGCUUUGGAGUCUACUAUGUCUUUGGAGCUCGGGCCACGUGGACUGUCUGUGUUCGAUGAUUAUGCCAAGGGCUCCGGAAAUGGGCAGAAGCACCGCAAAGGCAUUCCAGUGCCACAGAACCCACAUCUUCAGCCUCAGGAAGCCAACUCUGCCACCAGCACCUCUGUCACCGUGUACUGGAAGGUCAACGAGGGGGACAUCAUCGACUGCUUCCAGGUGUACUGCAUGGAGGAUCCUCAAGGAGCUAUAUCUGAGGAGUACAGGGUGACAGUGAAAGAAAGCUACUGCACUCUGGAGGAGCUGGAUCCAGACAAGUGCUAUAAGGUGUGGGUGAUGGCUGUGAAUUAUACAGGAUGUAGCCUGCCCAGUGAGAGACUAUCUUUCAAAACAGCUCCAUCUGUGCCGGUGAUCCAGCCGGAGCAGUGCACCGUGCUGUGGGACUCGGCCACCCUGCGCUGGUCCUCGGAGCAGCCAUCUGCCGCAGAGAGCUACACGCUGGAGUACUGCCGCCAGUACGCCUGCGAGGGAGAGGGCCUCAGGUCCUUUUCUGGGAUACAAGGCUGUGAGCAGAGAGUGCUGCUGCAGCCCAAUGAGAACUACCUGUUCUACAUCAAAGCUGUCAACUCGGCCGGGGCCAGUGAGCAGAGCGAGGCUGCACUCAUCUCCACCAGAGGAACAAGAUUCAGUCUGCUGAAAGAGACAGGUGGCCCAGCGCUGCGGCUGUCGGAUGAUAAGACCACCGUGUUGUACUCGCAGGACAGCUUCAAUGAAAUGGCCCCCAUCAAUGAAUGUCCUGCCAUACUGGGAGAGCUGUUGCCUUUGAAAGGCUACUAUUACUGGGAGACAGUGGUGUCAGGCUGCCCAUCCUACCGCCUCGGCAUUGCAUACCGCUCAAAUCCCAGUGACAGUCUUCUGGGAGAGAACAGCACCUCCUGGUGUCUGCACUGUGUCCCCACAUCAAGCAGCUCCAGGUUCGAGCUGCUCCACAACAGCGUGGAGACCGACAUUUUCGUUGUGGACGUGCCCACCCGAGUGGGCACCCUGCUGGACUUCGCCCAGGGCAGGCUGGUGUUCAUCAACGCCCAGAACGGCCACCUCCUGGGCUCCACGCAGCACCGCUUCACGGAGGCCUGCCAUGCCGCCUUCGGCCUGGAGAGCCCCGGGUGCCUCAACGUGCACAUGCUGCCUGAGGUGCCAGAGUUUGUGCGGCAGUGCUAGUGUGCACCGUCAGUCCACCCCAUCUCCCCUCUGUGAUGUGCCCCCCAGUGUCUUCCCUUGUAACAGGUUCAUUGUCUGUGAUGACAAAUAGAUGUUUUUUUUCUGCUCUCUUUUUCUCUAGGACUUUUGUUUUUUACUGGGCUGGGAAGAGUGAGUGAGUUUGUGUUGAAGAAGUAGAGAACAGCCUUUGUUUUCUACAGAUGUUCAAAUUUAUUGAAAUACUACUGUAUGCAAUUUACAACUAUUGAAUUUAUGGUUACUUAAAUCAGAAAUUAUUUUGUAAAUAUGAGGAAACUGACUAAAUAAAUUGAUUGAAUUAACUGAAAUGAUGUAUUGAAAUUGUUAGACACCAUUUAUCAAACUUGAUAUUCACACAUUUAUCCUGUAAUUAAGAUUUCUUUAGUUUUACUUCCAACUACUUCCAAGGCUGUGCACCAGCAGAAUAUAAAUGAAUGUGUGUAUGUAUGACUUUUUCAACGAGUUGCAUCUUUUCGGUUUCGUGUUUUCUAUACAGUUAAGUGUACAUACUAUGUAUCACAUGUUGACUUGUCUGUUUUCCUUCAUUGUAAAUGCGUACCUUUAUCGGUCGUUUGUCCCAUGAAAUGGCCUAUUUUUGUAUUUGAAUGAGAAGUACUGAGAAAAUAAAAUAUUUCUGUAUCAACAACAUUCAACUUACAGUACUCCUCAGCUGAAGAUAAACCUUUAUGUGUGGAUAUUUAAUGUUUUAUUUUAUUUUUAGUCAAUGUUGCAAAUCAUAAGCAUAUUAGUGCAUAUGAAAGUUAUCCACAUGCAUGUUGGUUUGUGCAACUGAAUAGGAAGAAAGUAGUUACCUAUGACUAUACGUUUUCUAUGGGGCCAGAGGACAUAGUUUAAAUCCAGGGUGGUUACUGAAGUGAGGUGGAUUUAUUUUCAGUGGAUUGUGUCUGAGUACAACAAUUAUGCACAUUUUUUAGUGCAGUUGUUAGCAUAUUAUCCACUAGAUGUCCCUGAAGAUCUUUUUGAUUUAUUUUUGUUUUAUUUUGUGUUCAUUUGUACAACCCCAUUUAGUUUAACAUAUUUAUUUAAAUGAUUUAACUUGAAAUUCAGUAAAUGUACUGAUUAAUUGCUAUACUUUGAAAUGCAUUGACUUUGUCUAUCCUCUGCACAGUAAGUAGGAAAUUGUAGUUAUGAAAGAAUGGACAUUAGCACAACAGGAAGAGAAUAACUAUGCGUCUUAACACAUAAUAGUCACAAAUUGCUAAACUCUGUGGAUUCACAAAUAGAAUCAUAGUCUAAAAAAAAGAUGGAAAACACUACUGUAUCAGAAGGAACCAGUUCAUAGGUGGGACAUUCUGUAAGACAGUCAAAACAAACUGACAUCUGCAGAAACUCAUGGCAAGCAAGCAUCCAAGCAGUGGAAUGACAAUUACACAAACGUUUCAUACGUUUUUUUUUUUUUUUUUUUAAAUACUGCCAAGGGUGGUCAAGGGUAUGAUUAAUACUAUUUUAAUACUGUUAUAUAUUGUGCUGAAUUUUGUUUUUCUUUUCCUCAUCCACAAUCUGUAUGUGGAACUUGGGUUGCUGGACCUCUGAUGGGAAACGUCCGAUUGCGAAUUUUGUUUAAAUAACUCUGAACUUCAUUUAAUUUCAAUUUUGUAUCUGUACUUUCUGGUUUUGGGUGCACCUCACCCACAAACUAUGCUGGAGCAUUUUACUUUUCCAAUGAUAAGUCACUGCUGAGAAUAAUUAAAUGACUGUUUUCUGGC